GCUCUACGUCAUUUUCAUGCGUUCUCCAGCCACAACAACCCAAGCUCUGAUGUCUGCUGUACAUAAUACAUUAUUAUGAUUCAUAUUUAACCUAGUUGAAGACAGUUAGAACAUGUAAAUGACAGCGGAGUGUAGUUAGACACUAUUAUUAUUCGUAUGAUUAAAUAAGUAGGUAAUCUUCAUCACCCAAUGCUGCAGUGAUGGAGAAUGAUGAAGAUCUGGAGACUCUGGGAGAGAAACUGUAUGAUUUGAUAUAUCCGAAAUACACUGAGAUGACACCUAAACUUACAGGUAUGCUUUUGGAGUUGCCUGCUUCUGUUGUGUCUCAGAUGUUGUAUGAUGAAGCUCUGCUGAAUAAGGCACUUGAAAGAGCACUGACCGCUCUCACGUCAUCAGACGACAGUGAAGCUGUGUCUCACACCGAUGAUGCGGCGUCUGUAUCCUCCGACUCUCUGGGUGAACAGCUGUAUGACCUUAUUGACCUCUACAACACUGGACACACACAGAAAAUAACAGGCAUGUUAUUGGAGCAGAAGAAGGAGGCAGUGCUUCAGCUAAUGUCGGAUUCUUCGCUCCUCGAGGAACAAGUGAAGAUCGCCUUGAAAACCUUGCAGGAGCAGCGUGACGAGGCCACAGAUGUCAGUGACGGGUCGGACCGAGAGGAAGUGGAAUCCAUAGGCGAGACGCUUUUUAAUAUCGUGCAUCAGUUAGACCCCACCCACUGCGCUGACAUCACUGGGAUGCUGUUGGAAAUGGACUCUGGAAUGCUGAAACAGAUUCUGUCUGACCGGAGCAUGCUGGAAGUCGCAGUUCAAAGAGCAAAAAGUGCACUGGAGGGCGCUCUGAACCCAACACACACAGAAAUGUCAGCAUGAGAAUCUCUACAGACCAUGUGAUUGCAAGAAGCUUUGUACUUGGGACUUUUAGGCCUGAAUUGCUGUAUAUUUUACUUGUAUACAAGACGAUGUUUACAUGGACUUGCCACUUUUUAUUGAUGUGAAUAGUGGAGAGUUAAUAGGGGGAACUGUGUCAGAAUGUCACAGGCUGGAUUCAAACCUGCUUCACCUGCAUGUGCACCCCAGCUAAAAGCGACUAGAGCAUGUGUAUUAAACACUAGGUAAUAGUUUUGACAUUCCAGGGGCGUCUGCACAUUUUUACGAGCACGUUUAUAGUCUUUUAAAGAUUUGUGCCAUAAUUAGCGAUCAUUCAAUUUUACAUAUUUAGUUUUGGUUUGAAAUAAUAUUUGUCUGUAAAUAAUAAAAUAAUGAAAAGUUUUA